AUGUUCUACCCAGAAGAUCUACUUCUGACCAAUAAGAACGGAUCUUUCGGAAUCAUCUGGUUAGCAGCUACAUUAGGUCCGAAAAACAAAAAGAUCACUCGAAAGCAGUUGACCACCGUCAAUCUCGCUAAAACAUGUCAGAUCAUCGCUGAACCACCCGAGCCGAUGGCUCUCAGGUUGAGUGGUGCACUGUUGGUAGGAGUAGCAAGAGUAUAUAAUCAGAAUUACGAUAUUUUCUUCACUGACGUCACCAAUCUCGACUCUAACCUUCGUCGAUCGAUUGCUACGGAUUUCGUGACGGGUGGAUCCGGUACUGGAGGUACCGCAAACCUAGACCUUCCCGGAGGAGGAAAAAGCAGAAUCGAUCAAAUUACCCUCCCUCAAGCAGGUCCCGAGUUCGAGCUCGGCUUGAACCUACAGUUCCAUCACGUUGAUUGGCAAAAUCCCCUCAAUCACGGACGAAAGAGACGAUCCUCUUCAAUGCUUUCGUCUCAAGCAACUCAAUCACAAGAGGAAGAAGAUGAAGAAAACAGUGAUGACGAAGAUGAAGAUGAGGAUGAAGAUGGAGAGCUAGGCAGAGAUUUCAAAAGAACAAAGGUAUCAUCCUCCCCCGCCAUUGGUGCUUAUGGUCUCACCACGAAGACACGAAAUUCGAUCCACCAUCCCUCCCACUCCAUCGGAGGUCAUCUUUACGCUGGAAUCGAUGUUCCCAUGGGUGAGAUCGAUCUCGGGUUGGAACUGGACGGAAUGGAUCAUCUAGUUGGCGACGACAGUUUCUCCGGUCCAUCCGGUAGGGACUUUGAUCUUCCGGACGGUGGUAAUGAUGCUGGAAUGAUGCUUGAGGGAGGCGAUCUUGUUCUUCCGUCUCGUCAACCCAGUCUUGCUCCGGAAGCUGCUCAUCCAGCCACCACCACUCCUCCUAAAAACGCGUCACAAGAUCGAGAAGGCAGUGAACGAGGUUCAGUCGAUGAUGUCGAGCAACAACUUGGGGAGGUUAAAACGAAGAAGCCCAAAAAGGUCAAAAAGGUUGCCUUUGAUUCUACUACCGAACUCGACCCAGCAGGAGAUCAAGAAGCCCGCAAAAGGUAUCAUGAAGACAUGAAAAGAGAAAGAGCGAUAGUCGAAUCCAGACUGAAAGAGAAGGUCGUCGCUGCAAUGGCUACCUGCCUGGUAGAUGGUACAGGAGGACUGGAAUUUUUCGACCCCGAGAUGAAGGCGUUCUUCUCCGCUCUCACUCGAGUUGGAAGUUUCAAGUGGGAGUCCGAUCUUACUGUUCAUCGUUUGGGAAAGGCUGGUGUAGUUGCCGAAGGUGACGAUCAAGAGAGGCCAGGUGAUGGCGAAUUCGAUAUCUUUGGUGGAGGAGAUGUCGCGAUGCCUGGUAUGGAUGUCUUCCAAGAGUACGAAGUACCCAUACAAGAAAUGAGUGGCAGUGCUGGACAAGGUAGUACAGCUCCUGAUGCAGAGUACGCACGUCGAAUCAGUCAAGGAAGUCAACAAGGAACUCUUCCGUGGGAGGAAGGGCGUCGAAGUGUCACUCCUGGCUUGCCCGAUCUCGCCGAUACCAGCUUUUCGCCAGCCAGUCUCAGGCUCAGCAUCAUGACUCCUCAAGAAGCCAGACUCCGAUCGAGAAGUAUCCAUGGAGCUUCCACUGGUGGUCGAUCUGUCGAUAGAAGACAUCAACGAUCCGUUUCUUUAAUGAGCGAUAGACCGGACGAUGACCCACUCCUCCUUGUCCGAGGUGAUGGUAUCGAAUUACCUCAAGAUGAAAACGAUCUUCAGCUAGAAGCGCUUGCACCUUCUCAACAAGCCAGACUUGCGGACUUACCACCAGCCUUCCGACCAGAGAUGCUUGCGACUUUGGAGAAGCAAUGUAGAGAUUUUUUCUCCUAUGUUGAGAGGAAGAUGGUCACUUUGUCUCUCGAGGAGUUAGAAUUUGAGGACCUUGCACCUUUGGGGAGCAAAAAGCAUGUCGCAGCGCUUGCGUUCUACGAUUGCCUUACCCUCGCUACCAAGAAGAUCCUCUCGAUCGAUCAAGAAGAGGCCUGGGGUUCAAUCAAAGUGCGAUUUGCGAUCGAUCCUGUCUAA